CAAUAGCUUUGUAUAACCUAAAAGACGAUCGCAAUAGCUUUGAAUAACCAGCAAUGUCAUAAAAGGAUGUUUGGAUAACCAGCAAUGUCAUAAAAAGAUGUUUUUGUGUUAUAUGAUGUCGUGCAACGCCAUCUGUUGGUAACAAAGAAUAGUGUGGCGUCAGGCGGGAUGAAUUGGCCACUCACCCCUCCUUCCGCACACGCUUAGAGUAUAAAAGGAGAACUUUGGAUACUCUCGGUAGAGUCUACUGCGGGUUGCGUACGGACGCCCAGCCGGUAUUGAAGCUGCUCUACCUGGAGUGUUGGCUCUCCCUCCUAUUGGCGCACGCCAGCAUCUCCAGCAUGUGUGAUGUGGAUAUAUCAGAGCCCACCAGUCCAACCCUGUGUGCUGAGUCUUCAGACCAGUACUUUCAUGUGGACCGUUGGCAGAAACUUCGCACCGCUGUGCGCAAACUGGAAUUCUGGGAAAACUUUUGUGCUGAGCUCAUUGGGAGUGGCUUCUUCUCCAAGGUCUAUAAGGUAAUACACACUACUAGUGCCAAGGUGAUGGUUGUGAAGAUAUACAAAAAAGACGUGGACCAAGACAGCAUUAUACGUGAAAUCAGCCUUCUUCAGAAACUCUCCCAUCCCAAUAUUGUCAGAUAUCUGGGAAUAUGUGUCAAAGAAGACAAACUCUAUCCAAUUUUAGAGUACGUGAAUGGUGGCUGUCUGGAGGAGCUCCUGGCCAGGAAAGAUGUUGCCCUGGGCUGGAAAGAGAAGGUGGACCUUGCCUGCGAUAUUAGCAGAGGAAUGAUCUACCUGCACUACAAGAAUAUUUACCACAGAGACCUCAACUCAAAAAAUUGUCUGAUCCGAGUGACAUCACGAGGUCGAGAGGCCCUCGUGACAGACUUUGGUCUUGCUCGAGAGGUGGUGGAACUGCCGGUCAAAGACCCCGGCAGGAAGCUCUCAUUGGUUGGCUCUGCUUUUUGGAUGGCCCCAGAGAUGCUCCGAGGGGAGCCGUAUGACCGCAAGGUGGAUGUUUUCUCCUUUGGAAUUGUGCUUUGUGAAAUCCUGGCCAGGAUCCCUGCUGACCCUGAGAUACUGCCGAGAACACAGGACUAUGGCUUGGAUGAGAAUGCAUUCAAGGACCUCGUGACCGACUGUCCUCAACGUCUCUUAGAACUGGCAGCCAGCUGCUGUAUGGUUGAGUCCUUCAGACGUCCAGCAUUCACAGAGCUGUUAGAUGAGUUAGGAGAAUUUGCAGAUAGUCUGGAACCACCACCAAAAUCAGAACUGGCCUUAACCUGAGUUGCCGAGGGAUGAGUCACUGAGGCACUGGGAGAAGAACAGCAUCCUGAUUGAGAGAUAAUCACAUUUCACCCACCUGCGACAAGACUGCUCAAGUGAGGCAGUGCAAAUAUAUUUGAGAGGAUCUCAGGGGGGAGUACGAUGACUUGUUGUGGACACUUUUUAUUGACAUUUCCAUUUAUAUAAAUAGAUACGACUCAAAGUGGACUGUACAUAGAAUUUUCAGUUUCUUUUUUUGUGCGUUUCUUUUAUUACAUGUUAAAAUAUACCAAAUGGUGACAUGCCAUUUCCUUUGUUCUUGUCUGAAAGUUAGGCUUGUAACAAAUCAUACAGUCACAUAUGUUGAUGUAGGUUCUUUUUCUUUCACAACAGCAUAUCUUAUUGUUUCUUGGAUUUUAAUUUGGGUCAGGAUUGGCAGUAGAGUAGUUUGCCUUCUAAGUAAGAGGACUGCACUCAAAAUUCCCCAAGAGAACAGCUUUUAACUACAAAAAAAAUAAGGUUCUUAAAUCGGGAGCAGAACCAAUCUUUGUGGGCAUGCUGACUUUCUGGACUUCAUAGUCUGACUUUCGUAAUAAUGAGACAACACUGGUGGCCAGGUCAAAUCAUCUCCACAAUAAAUAUGAGGCAGUGAAAGAUUCACAAAGGUGUCAACAGUUUUGAAUAGAAAUGUUUUUUGUUCCAAUUGAAGACAAAGAGAUGUUUCAGAAAGUCAACAUAACUACAAAGUAUUAAGAAAUUAAUAAUGUGCUGGCGUGUAUUACAAGCUGGAGAUAAGAUGUUUUAUGGGUCUCAGGAUGACAAAGUUACUUUGGAUUUAAAAUGACAGAUAAUGGUAUUUUGGGUACUAUUUUUACAGUGAAAGACUUCAAGAUUGAAAAAUGUCUUGCCAGGAUGUGCAUAUGAAUCUACAUUCAAAUUAAUUUUUAUUUGGUUGCU